CUCCGUGGAGUAGGCUGCGCUAUUAUUGUCUUUUCAUUAGAGGAGGAAAUUUAGGCUCAGAGAGGUGAAGCCGCUCGCCCAAAGUCACACAGCUGCGUCAGCCCCUAGCACGUGGGCUCUCCCUGAGUUACCCUCUGGAUGUUCUUUCUCGUGGUGAACAUCAUGUGUUUGAAUGGGGGCACAGCAAGGAUACCCCCAGUGGCCCUCUGCCUUUCCACUUGAGGCUCCGCAGAUGACAGUGACCUGCUUCUUCCUGCUCAGGCUUUCUGGACUCACUGACUUCCUUCCCGUGGGGAAGGGGCACUGUCCUCAGCUCCGGUCUCUCCCUGAGGCGGUCAGGGCCAGGGCCAGGGGCAGCGUGGACUCUGACUGCCUCUGCGGGUGCGGACUCAGUGUCGACAGCCCCCUCUACAGGAGCAUGAACACGCCGACAGGAUGCUGGGGUGGGGGGUGGGGGGGCAGCCCUGGGUUCACGCUCCGCCCUCGCACCCCUAGAGGGACCUUGUGCCAGUGUGGGCGCCCCCGGACCGCCCACCCCGCAGUGGCCAUGGAGGAUGCCUUCGGGGCAGCCGUGGUGACCGUGUGGGACAGCGAUGCACACACCACGGAGAAGCCCACCGAUGCCUACGGAGAGCUGGACUUCAUGGGGGCCGGCCGCAAGCACAGCAAUGUGAGGCAGGCCUGUGUGGGCAGGGCCCGGGCACCAGGGGGCUGCAUGCUCGGGGCUCCAGAGUGGAGCCGGGACGCCCGCGCUGAACGCUGGCCCCCUCCGCCCAUCCUUGUCUUGGCUCUCUGUGUCCCCUCCACCCCACCUAUCUUCUCUCUGAGGAGGUCCCGUUCUCUCUGCGUCUCUUUGUCUCUGUCUCCAUGUCCCCCUCUCUCUGGGUCUCUGUCCCCAUCUCUCUGGGUCUCUGUCCCCAUCUCUCUGGGUCUCUGUCUCUGUCUCUCUCUGGGUCUCUGUCCCCCUAUGUCUCUGGGUCUCUGUCCCCAUCUCUCUGGGUCUCUGUCCCUGCCUCUCUGGGCUUCUGUCCCCGUUUCUCCGGGUCUCUGUUCCCGUCUCUCUGGGUCUCUGUCUCCCUCUCUCUGGGUCUCUGUCCCCCUCUCUCUGGGUCUCUGUCCCUCUCUCUCUGAGUCUCUGUCCCCCUCUCUCUGGGUCUCUGUCCCCCUCUCUCUGGGUCUGUUUCCCCCUCUCUCUGGGCCUCUGGCCCCAUCUCUCUGGGCCUCUGUCCCCAUCUCUCUGGGCCUCUGUCCCCAUCUCUCUGGGUCUCUGUCCCCGUCCCUGUGUCCCCCGCUCCCAUGUGUCCACAGUUCCUCCGGCUCUCUGACCGAACGGAUCCAGCUACAGUUUAUAGUCUGGUCACACGCACAUGGGGCUUCCGUGCCCCGAACCUGGUGGUGUCAGUGCUGGGGGGAUCAGGGGGCCCCGUCCUCCAGACCUGGCUGCAGGACCUGCUGCGUCGUGGGCUGGUGCGGGCUGCCCAGAGCACAGGUGACCGAUGGAGCCUGGAUUGUCACUGGGGGUCUGCACACGGGCAUCGGCCGGCAUGUUGGUGUGGCUGUGCGGGACCAUCAGACGGCCAGCACUGGGGGCACCAAGGUGGUGGCCAUGGGUGUGGCCCCCUGGGGUGUGGUCCGGAAUAGAGACACCCUCAUCAACCCCAAGGGCUCGUUCCCUGCAAGGUACCGGUGGCGCGGCGACCUGGAGGACGGGGUCCAGUUUCCCCUGGACUACAACUACUCGGCCUUCUUCCUGGUGGACGACGGCACGCACGGCUGCCUGGGGGGCGAGAACCGCUUCCGCUUGCGCCUGGAGUCCUACAUCUCACAGCAGAAGACGGGCGUGGGAGGGACUGGAAUUGACAUCCCUGUCCUGCUCCUCCUGAUUGAUGGUGAUGAGAAGAUGUUGACGCGAAUAGAGAACGCCACCCAGGCUCAGCUCCCCUGUCUCCUCGUGGCUGGCUCCGGGGGAGCUGCGGACUGCCUGGCAGAGACCCUGGAAGACACUCUGGCCCCAGGGAGUGGGGGAGCCAGGCAAGGCGAAGCCCGAGAUCGAAUCAGGCGUUUCUUUCCCAAAGGUGACCUUGAGGUCCUGCAGGCCCAGGUGGAGAGGAUUAUGACCCGGAAGGAGCUCCUGACAGUCUAUUCUUCUGAGGAUGGGUCUGAGGAAUUCGAGACCAUAGUUUUGAAGGCUCUUGUGAAGGCAUGUGGGAGCUCGGAGGCCUCAGCCUACCUGGAUGAGCUGCGUUUGGCUGUGGCUUGGAACCGCGUGGACAUUGCCCAGAGUGAACUCUUUCGGGGGGACAUCCAAUGGCGGUCCUUCCAUCUCGAAGCCUCCCUCAUGGACGCCCUGCUGAAUGACCGGCCUGAGUUCGUGCGCUUGCUCAUUUCCCACGGCCUCAGCCUGGGCCACUUCCUGACCCCGAUGCGCCUGGCCCAACUCUACAGCGCGGCGCCCCCCAACUCGCUCAUCCGUAACCUUUUGGACCAGGCGUCCCACAGCGCAGGCACCAAAGCCUCAGCCCUAAAAGGGGGAGCUGCGGAGCCCCGGCCCCCUGGCGUGGGGCAUGUGCUGAGGAUGCUGCUGGGGAAGAUGUGCGCGCCGAGGUACCCCUCCGGGGGCGCCUGGGACCCUCACCCAGGCCAGGGCUUCGGGGACAGCAUGUAUCUGCUCUCGGACAAGGCCACCUCGCUGCUCUCGCUGGAUGCUGGCCUCGGGCAGGCCCCCUGGAGUGACCUGCUUCUUUGGGCACUGUUGCUGAACAGGGCACAGAUGGCCAUGUACUUCUGGGAGAUGGGUUCCAAUGCGGUUUCCUCAGCUCUUGGGGCCUGUUUGCUGCUCCGGGUGAUGGCACGCCUGGAGCCUGAUGCUGAGGAGGCAGCACGGAGGAAAGACCUGGCGUUCAAGUUUGAGGGGAUGGGCGUUGACCUCUUUGGCGAGUGCUAUCGCAGCAGUGAGGUGAGGGCUGCCCGCCUCCUCCUCCGUCGCUGCCCGCUCUGGGGGGAUGCCACUUGCCUCCAGCUGGCCAUGCAAGCUGACGCCCGUGCCUUCUUUGCCCAGGAUGGGGUACAGUCUCUGCUGACACAGAAGUGGUGGGGAGACAUGGCCAGCACUACACCCAUCUGGGCCCUGGUUCUCGCCUUCUUUUGCCCUCCACUCAUCUACACCCGCCUCAUCACCUUCAGGAAAUCAGAAGAGGAGCCCACACGGGAGGAGCUAGAGUUUGACAUGGAUAGUGUCGUUAAUGGGGAAGGGCCUGUCGGGACGGCGGACCCAGCCGAGAAGACGAAGACGCCGCUGGGGGUCCCGCGCCAGUCGGGCCGCCCGGGUUGCUGCGGGGGCCGCUGCGGGGGGCGCCGGUGCCUACGCCGCUGGUUCCACUUCUGGGGCGCGCCGGUGACCGUCUUCAUGGGCAACGUGGUCAGCUACCUGCUGUUCCUGCUGCUUUUCGCGCGGGUGCUGCUCGUGGAUUUCCAGCCGGCGCCGCCCGGCUCCCUGGAGCUGCUGCUCUAUUUCUGGGCUUUCACGCUGCUGUGCGAGGAGCUGCGCCAGGGCCUGAGCGGAGGCGGGGGCAGCCUGGCCAGCGGGGGCCCCGGGCCUGGCCAUGCCUCACUGCGCCAGCGCCUGGGCCUCUACCUCGCCGACAGCUGGAACCAGUGCGACCUAGUGGCCCUCACCUGCUUCCUCCUGGGCGUGGGCUGCCGGCUGACCCGGGAUUUGUACCAGCUGGGCCGCACUGUCCUCUGCAUCGACUUCAUGGUUUUCACGGUGCGGCUGCUGCACAUCUUCACGGUCAACAAACAGCUGGGGCCCAAGAUCGUCAUCGUGAGCAAGAUGAUGAAGGACGUGUUCUUCUUCCUCUUCUUCCUCGGCGUGUGGCUGGUGGCCUAUGGCGUGGCCACGGAGGGGCUCCUAAGGCCACAGGACAGUGACUUCCCAAGUAUCCUGCGCCGCGUCUUCUACCGUCCCUACCUGCAGAUCUUCGGGCAGAUCCCCCAGGAGGACAUGGACGUGGCCCUCAUGGAGCACAGCAACUGCUCGUCGGAGCCCGGCUUCUGGGCACACCCUCCCGGGGCCCAGGCGGGUACCUGCGUCUCCCAGUAUGCCAACUGGCUGGUGGUGCUGCUCCUUGUCAUCUUCCUGCUCGUGGCCAACAUCCUGCUGGUCAACUUGCUCAUCGCCAUGUUCAGCUACACAUUCGGCAAAGUACAGGGCAACAGCGAUCUCUACUGGAAGGCGCAGCGUUACCGCCUCAUCCGGGAAUUCCACUCUCGGCCCGCGCUGGCCCCGCCCUUUAUCGUCAUCUCCCACUUGCGCCUCCUGCUCAGGCAAUUGUGCAGGCGCCCCUGGAGCCCCCAGCCAUCCUACCCGGCCCUCGAGCAUUUCCGGGUCUACCUUUCUAAGGAAGCUGAGCGGAAGCUGCUAACAUGGGAAUCGGUGCAUAAGGAGAACUUCCUGCUGGCACGCGCUAGGGACAAGCGGGAGAGCGACUCCGAGCGUCUGAAGCGCACGUCCCAGAAGGUGGACAUGGCACUGAAACAGCUGGGACACAUCCGCGAGUACGAACAGCGCCUGAAAGUGCUGGAGCGGGAGGUCCAGCAGUGUAGCCGCGUCCUGGGGUGGGUGGCUGAGGCCCUGAGCCGCUCUGCCUUGCUGCCCCCAGGUGGCCCGCCACCCCCUGACCUGCCUGGGCCCAAAGACUGAGCCCUGCUGGCGGACUUCAAGGAGAAGCCCCCACAGGGGAUUUUGCUCCUAGAGUAAGGCUCAUCUGGGCCUUGGCCCCCGCACCUGGUGGCCUUGUCCUUGAGGUGAGCCCCGUGUCCAUCUGGGCCACUGUCGGGACCACCUUCGGGAGUGUCACCCUUACAAACCACAGCAUGCCCGGCUCCUCCCAGAACCAGCCCCAGCCUGGGAGGAUCAAGGCCUGGAGCCCGGGCCGUUGUCCCUCUGGAGGCUGCAGGGUCCUUGGGGUAACAGGGAGCACAGACCCCUCACCACUCACAGGUUCCUAACACUGGGGAAAUAAAGCCAUUUCAGAGGAAUCGUG